CCGCCUGAGAUAAUGGGGGAGGAGGAACCCCCAGCUAUCUGAUUGGUUCUCCUCCUAGGCAACAUUUGAUCGACUUUCUGGUUUGACAACAUUCUUGGUAUUUUACCACGGAUAGCGGACUGCUGGGAUUAAUCAAGCGAUCGUCACAUUACCUGGAUGUAAGCGGAUACACCUGUACACCUGUAGACUACAAUUCUGCAUCCUGGCCAGAGUUAAACGAUCGUCCAACCUGGAAGACGAACCGCUUUGCUCAAUUACAGGAGAAUGAACACGUUCCUCGUUGUUUUGGUGGCAACAGGUCUGAGGUCAUGCCUCUCUCAAGUGUGUGGCCGAGGCCCCCCGGAGAACCGCAUCGUGGGAGGAAGUGAUGCGGAGGAGGGGGCGUGGCCGUGGCAGGUGGACAUCCAGCAGGGGGCCAACGGACACGUAUGUGGGGGCUCGCUCAUCGCCGCCGACUGGGUGCUCUCGGCCGCCCACUGCUUCCCAACUCCGUCGGACGUGUCGGAGUACCGGCUGUACGUGGGCCGGUACCAGCUCAACGGCUUCAACCAGUUCGAGACGGUGCGGCGGGUGUCGCGCGUGCUGGUGGCGUCGGGCUACGAGAGCCCCGAGAGGGGCAGCGACCUGGCCCUGGUGCAGCUGGACGGGCCGGUGGAGUGGAGCGAGUACGUGAGGCCCGUGUGCCUGCCGGACACCGGGGUGCGCUUCCCCGGGGGCCGCCCCUGCUACGUCACCGGCUGGGGCCACAUCCGGCAAGGAGUUAGUCUGCCGGGGGUUGGGACUCUGCAGGAAGUGAUGGUGCCAAUUAUAGAUCAGACUUCCUGCCGCACGAUGUUCAGCGUAGACGCUGAUGGCACCGACGUCGUGGACAUCCUAUCGGACAUGAUCUGCGCUGGCUACCAGGAGGGCGGCAAGGACUCCUGUCAGGGGGACUCGGGAGGUCCGCUGGUCUGUCCCAUGGGCAACGACACCUGGAUCCAGGCGGGGGUGGUGAGCUUCGGCCUGGGCUGCGCCGAGCCCAACCGCCCCGGCGUCUACGCCAAGGUGUCCGCGUUCGCCGACUUCAUCCGGGCCACCGUCCCGGAGGUCCAGUUGAUCGCCGCGGGCUGGAGGAGCACCGCGGCGCUGGCUCUGGUCCUCGCUCCCAGCCUGGCCUGCCUGCUGCUGAGCUGAGCUGAGCUGAGCCGAGCCGCAGAGAAGAGGUCGGGCUUGGUUUAACUCAAAGCUCUGCGUUGUACCGGAUCACUACUACCUCCGAGGAUGUUUUUUAUGUCGUUUUUUAUAAAGAGGAAAUCGUUAACGAGUAAUCAUGUGUUGAAGGAAUCGAGGAACGUGAAUGUGGUGAAGGCACGUUAAAGGUCCUACCUUCUCUUUUGUCCUGGCCCAGGGCAAAGGGAAGUGUGCCCCCUGGUGGGUCGAUGUGUUUAGCAGUGGGAAAUGGCAUGUUAUACCUAGUACAGCUAUGGUUGGGGCUUGUGCAAGGUAAGCUAAAUUGUACAUACUAACACAUUAAGCUAGUUCAGCAUUUGUGCAAAGUCAGCGUGUCCCACAGAACUGAACUGUGACUGCCAUGACCGUAUGUGUACAGUAUCAACUACGCUCUGAGCUGCCAGGUGUUAACAUGUGUACAUCCCACACUACUUUUAUUAAGCUUUAGACCACAUCUACUGGGGCAUUGCAGUUGAACGUAUAAGAGGAGUCGGUGCAUAUCAUGAUUUAGUGUAAAAUCUUUUCUUAGAUGAGACUUGUGGUGGAACUGAAGUGGCUGAGGUUUAUAGUGGUCGUAAAUUACGUUUGAUUUCCAAACAUUUCAUUUUUAUUUACUCCAAUUGUAUCGCCCAAUUUGGAGAAUACUUAUAUAUAUGUUCAAACUUUUUUUCAGGUUAAUAAUUUUGAUAGAGGUUCAUUCAUGACAAUGUGUUUGCAUUAUUAUGUGCUGUUGUAUUUUGGUAUUGGGUGGAUUUGUAGGCAGUUGGGCUAAACUGAAGAUUGACACCACAUGCAACACUUAAUCUCAGAGACGGUGGGUGAAGCUUUAUUAUUGCUCCCAUGAUUGACAGACUAACUACUGACUCAAAUGGCCGCAGAUAUGCAGCAAGCUUUAAUAGCACUCCUAAAAAAAGGAUAUUAUUGAUCGGUUAUCAGGACCAAAACCAGUGAUUUAUAUUUCUUUCUUUUUUUUCCACAUUUGUGAUUUAUGGUCCUAUAGACAAAUAUGCACUAUAUUCUCUCUAACCUUGUUUCACCAAAUUUGCUAGCAUUUUAUAUCAUGUGGUCAUAUUUUGUAUGUUGAGUGAUUUUUAUUUUAUUUGUAUAUGCAUUUCAUUGAAUAUGUAGCAGCCUUUGCAGAUGCUGUGAAAAAAAAUAGAUUUUGGCGACAACUGAGUUUUGAGUAACAGGACUGCCAUCCAGGGAGGACUGUCCACUUGCCAGAUGAAUGGACAAUGAUAUAGAAAUACUUUUUAUUUCAUUUAUAUCCCUUUGUGCCAUGCAGGUGCCUUUUUAAUAAACAAUAUUAAACAUG